CCUGACACACACACGCAAACACACACAGAGUCACGCAUGCAGAUACACUUAUACACAACCAAGCUAGAGAAACCAUGUCAAAGAUAAAUACUCAGCAGUGUUAUGAAGAAUCUACAGACUCUUUAUUUGUUGCCUCUUUUGGCUCUGGCAAGUUUGUUCAUCAAGAUAAGUGGAUCAGUUUCUCCUCGCCCAGUUCUGACCGGCCCUCACAUGGCCUACCUCAACUCGAGGGUGGCUUUCCGAUGUACUGCACCUGACUCCUCUCCACCAGUCACCUACCAGCUGAUGAGAGAUGGUGGUAUCCCAAUCGCCACAGGCAUCGAUCUCCAAGGAGACCAAUCUGCACCAUUCUUCCUGAAGGUCGCUGCAACAUCAGAGGGGUCGUACCACUGCAAGGCAACGAAUGAAGGAGGCACAGGAGUCAGCAACAUCAUCACGCUGAGUGUUGUCAUUCCAGCAUCAAAUACCAGAGUGACCGCUGAACCUUUCCCCCCAGUCGCAUACGAGGGGUCACGCAUCAUCCUAAAAUGCAACGUCACAAGGGGCUCCCACCUGUCCUACACCUGGUUUUUCAACAGGAAGGCACUAACAUCUUCUACCUCUCCUCUUUUCCACCUCACUGGUAAUGAGCUGGUGAUGGAGCAGGCCACUCCAGAGCAUGCUGGGCACUACUCCUGCAGGGCCUGGUCCAUGGUUCAGGACAACACAAGGUUUUCAAGCAGCACCGAGGUCAAGGUGACAGUCAAAGCUUAUGUAUCAAAGCCAAACAUCUCCUUCUCCAUCUUCAAAGAGGGAGACGGUUACCAAGGCAACAUAACCUGCUGGUCAACCAGAGGGAGCCAUCCGGUCAACUUUUCUCUCUCAGUAGAUGACAAAGAGGUGGGAUCCCUCACAGCGAACGAAUCCCUCACUGUCUGGUUCCUUGUUGCCAUGGUACCCGGGAUGGACAUGGGCGUGGCGCGAUGCUGGGUGAAAACUGAGAUGCAGGAGUUGAUGAGUGAACCUGUGUCUCUGGAAGUGGUCCCAGUUGGAGGCGACGUGACAGCGGAGGUGGAAUAUCUCUACAGAGCCGACUCCAAGCCUUCCGCCGCCAGGCUGAGGUGUGUGGUCAGCAGAGGAACCUUUCCUCAAAUCUCCUGGCUCUUGAAUAACUCUGUCCUUCCCUCUGAGACAAAUCUGGACGUCCAGUCUCAGGAUGACCUGACUCACGUUGCCCUCGCCAACCGUAGACAGACACUCGUCCUCACUAAGCUCACCUCAGAGGAGUCUGGGUAUUACCGCUGCAGGGUCAGGAACAGCUAUGAUGACUCCGGGCCCUGGGUGGAGAGUGGAGAUGUGCUGGUCCGAGUCACAGACAGGAUCCUUAACUCCAUGCCUCCAGCAACAUCUUCCACUGAAACAGCACCAAAGGCUUUCAUGAACCCGACAGAGAUCAUCACCAUAGCGUUCUGCUGCUUCCUUUUGCUCAUGUUGGCAGUUGGUGUGGCCUGUGUUUACAGGAUGUUUGACCACAACCAAGCUCAUGCCCACAUUGCUGCGACCAAUUCAGAUCCACUUCCUCUGACUGCACCCUCGUCCCAGUAGGGAGACAAGCAGGUCGGGAUCUCCUCUGCAGACUGACUGUGUCCUGAGUCAGACCAUAGAGAUCACAGUAUGACACAGCAUGAAGAUCCCGCACCUCUCAAAUCAUCACAUCCAUCACUUCAUGCAAAUAUUUCAUUUGAAUAUUGCAACUUGUUCUUUACUGCAUUUGAUACUUUUCCCGACCUGUAAAGUUACUUAUAAGAGACUGGUAUUCCAAUAAAAGGUUUACUUCUAAA